GUGUAAACAAAUGGUGGAAAAAGCAUUUUUACAAAAUAUUGUAUUUUUAUUUUGAAGAUGCUUAUCGAUUUGUAUUCACUCUUUUUCAUAGAAAAUAUCACUCGUCAACAAUUGAAUUCCUCAGACCACUAGUCUAUUUAAAUCAAUUAUCUACCGAAACCAAGAAAUAAACUCUAUCAUUACGUUUCUCUUAAAGAAAGCAGACGAGCAUUUUCACUUCACAUCCAGCGCGUCAUCCUAAAUCAAGAAUUAAUCGCGCUGCUAUAUUUGAAAUAGGUCUAUUCAUUGAUAACGCAACGAUGUCGGGGAUUGACAUCAACAUUCCCAGUGACAAUUAUAAAAUUCAGCAGCAGACGACUAAAUUAUCCAAUCAGAAGCGAGAUUUUCCGCGGGAUUACGUUUACCUCGGAGUUUGCGCGCGCUCGAUUUGACUUCCUGUCAAACUCAGGUCACUUGUCUGUUUGUGGCUCGGCAGUAAAUGGAAGUGGAUGUCGUCGAAAGUAAAGAGCUUGUCCGGAAUGUAACUUGACAGUUUUUGGAAGGACUUGCAAGUGGGUGUAGUUGUUUGCAGCAUAAAUAUCCAGAUACCGUUUGGUAUUUGGCGUUAUCAUAUGUUCAGUAGCGUUUGAUACAAAUUAUAAAGCGAUUUGGAAUUAUUGAAUUGUCUUCAUUGUCUGUGAAAGAUGAACGCUGACGAAUUCGAAAAACAUGGCAUUGAGAUGGUGCGCUACAUUGCCAACUACAUGCGCACUCUACACACGCGCACCGUGUCAGCUGACGUAGAACCCGGCUACAUGCGCAAUUUGUUACCCGCGCAGGCACCGGAAACGGGGGAGAAUUUCGAAGACAUUCUGAAAGAUGUGGAAAAAGUCAUCAUGCCAGGGGUAACGCACUGGCAGCACCCACAGUUCCACGCCUACUUUCCCGCCGGCAAUUCCUAUCCAUCUAUACUGGGCGACAUGCUCUCGGACGCCAUCGGCUGCGUGGGAUUUUCCUGGGCGGCGAGUCCAGCGUGCACGGAGCUCGAGAUAAUCGUCCUUGAUUGGAUAGGCAAACUGAUUAACCUGCCACCAGUGUUUCUGCACGAAGGGGGUCGUGGAGGAGGUGUCAUACAGGGCUCAGCGAGCGAGUGCGUGCUCGUCACGUUGCUGGCGUCACGUCACGCAGUCAUUCAAGCCGUCAAGCCGUAUCCUUACAUAGACGACGGAUACGUGCUAUCCAAACUUGUGGCCUACUCGUCCAAACUGGCACAUUCGUGCGUAGAGAAGGCUGGAAUGAUCGGCCUUGUAAAGAUGCGACAGCUUGAUGUAGACGAGAACUUCUCCUUGCGAGGAUACACUCUCGAGAGGGCCAUAGAAGAAGACAGACGAAACGGGCUCAUUCCAUUUUAUGUUUGUGCCACGCUGGGAACCACGGGCUGUUGCUCCUUCGACAACAUCGCUGAACUCGGCGAGGUGUGUGACAAGGAGAACGUGUGGCUCCAUAUUGACGCGGCGUACGCUGGAAACGCGCUGAUCUGCCCGGAGUUUCAGCAUCUCCUCAGUGGGGUGCAUAACGCCUCUUCUAUAAACUUUAAUCCCAACAAAUGGAUGCUUGUCAAUUUUGACUGCUCCCUUAUGUGGGUAAAGGACAGAAAGUUGCUAACCACGGCCCUCAACGUGGACCCUGUGUAUCUACAACAUGAACAUGACGAUAAAGAACUGGAUUUUCGGCACUGGGGAAUCCCACUGAGUCGCAGGUUUCGCUCCUUGAAGUUGUGGUUUGUGUUGCGAUGUUACGGCGUUGAAGGACUGCGAAAGUAUAUCAGACGGCAUGUGCAGCUUGCGAAAAUUUUCGAAGAGUAUGUACGAAAUGACGAUUUGUUUGAGGUCAUCGGAAAAGUGACGAUGGGUCUGGUAUGCUUCAGGAUAAAGGGACCAAACGCGCUCACCCAAAGGCUGUUGAAGAAAAUAAACGAAUCAAGAAAGUUGCACAUGGUACCGGCUCUGGUAAACGAGAACUUCGUUAUCAGAUUCGCCAUUUGCGCCGAAAACGCCGACGAAAAUGACAUCAAAUACGCCUGGGAGGUGAUAACAGAGGCCACCGAGACGCUGAUGUCAUCCAAAUUUGAACUAGAGAGACCAGGCGGUCUGGAACGAAUGGAGACGCUGGAACUGUCGGAAACCGAAAGCGAAGACGAGGUAUUUGACCGCGAGUUGUUUAACACCGAUCUUAUCUUCGACCAGCAGAGGGUAAACCUUCGUCGUGCGUGCGAGCGCCGGAAUUUGUUCCACCGAAUGGUGUCUGAUCCGAAGGGUUUCAACCGGAAGCUGCUGAAGGCGUUGAGUAUGGACGGAAGACGCCAGAUACACAGCGCGUCAGAUUUGCUUGACGGCGGUACUGAGCCAAGGUUUUCACGAAAGAAAUGACGUUGGAAUUAUGUAUUCAUUGUGUUGUUUAAUUAUUGUCCACACACUUCUUGACCAAAAUCGUCAAGUAGGAACACUUAACCCUUAAUUUUUGAGAUACGCACUUUGACCCAUGUAUAGUCCCUAAGCAGAUUAAACAAUUCAAUGACUUAUUUAUGUAUUCAAGUUAUAAAGGCUUCAUUUCCAAAAAAAGCAUACUGAUUAGCAGCAAAUAUAAUAACUCGCUUGCUGUUUAGGUUUUGCGCUUGCUUCAUUUAGCAAUUUACAGUUUGCUUCUGAGCCGGAAAUGGAAAAAUACGUUAUUUACAGCCGUCAUGGUCAUUUUUUUAUCAUUCAUGUUGGAGUGUGACUUUCGUACAAUGAAAAUAGACGGAAUUGCUUUUAACCCAUUUAUGCCUAUCGUCUAGAAAAAAAGGCAUUGGCAAACAUCGUAGACUCAGAUGAAACGCCGCAUGAUGCGGCGUCUCAUCAGGGUCUGCGCUGUUUGCUUAAAGGAAUUUCUGUAAAAAAUAUUCCAUAUAUAGAAAUAAAUAUACUAUACAUCCCUAAUUUUGGAAAUACAUUGAUCCAAUUACGAAGGUCGGGAUAGUCUACUAGGCAUACAUGGGUUAAAAUACACGUAUUUGUCAUGAUUUACAAGACGCUAAACUGCUCGUUCCAAUGCAAGUGAUUACUUGCUAAAUAUAAAGACUUGUUUAACGCAUUGAACUGUUACAGUCAUCUUGACAUCGUGUGGUCUUAAACUUUGAUUUGCAUUGAUUUAUAUUAAGAUAAUUUGCCUGAAAUAAGCUGCAGUGCAACAUACUAUUUUAAUCGAGUUGAAAACGUGAUGUAUUAUUAUUACAUAGCUUAUCUGCUGAAUCAUGCAUGCUUAGAAACAUCAUCUUCGAUUUUCAGAAAUUGGCUUACGCAUAUUUCUGUACUGUUCGCAAUGCAAAUGUAUAUUUCACAUAUUUAGCAAAAUAUAAAUAUUUGUAAGUAAA